AUGUCAGCAAACGAAUUCUACUCCAGCGGUACACAAGGACAAUACAAUCAGCCAAACAACCAAGGAAGAUCUGGAGGCUCUUAUGACAACAACAACAACAACAACAAUAACAACGGAAAUGAGUACAGUGGCGAUAAUGCUAAUCCUAACGGAGAACGUGGUCUGUUCUCUACCCUUGUAGGCGGCGGUGCCGGUGCGUAUGCUGGGUCGAAGGUCUCAAGCAACCAUUCCAAGCUAAGUGGUGCACUGGGCGCACUAGGUGGUGCGUUCCUAGCGAACAAGAUAUCUGAUGAGCACAAGCAGCACAAUCAGCAGGAGCAAUAUGGCCAGCAAGGUAACUCUAAUUACGGCGGAUCCAAUCAUCACCAGCAACACAAUAACAAUGGCGGUUUUGGCGGUCGCGAAGAAGGUCAAGGUUUCAGAAGAGAAGGAGGCCAAGGCUUCGAGAGAGGUGACCAACAGCGUUACGGGGGUCCAGGUCCUCAAGGCCCACAAGGAUUCGGAGGCCCAGGUACACAGGAUUUCGGUGGCCCAGGUCCUCAAGGUUUCGGUGGUCCAGGUCCACAAAGUUUCGGCGGGCCAGGCGGCCAAGGCUUUGGUGGUCCAAACUCGCAAGAAUUUGGAGGCCAAAAUCACCAAGGAUUCAAUGGCGGCUCACGCUGGUGA